CAGUGAGGUCCUUGGGGCCUCGGAAGAAGGGAGGAGCCGCGGUGCGUGCGCAGGCCGGGCAGAGGCCGGGACUCGGUUUCUCCUUCGCCUGCCUUAGUCGCCCUGCUCGCCUUUGGAAACACACUGUUUUUAAAAGCUGAGGCGCUGAAUGGGGUCUGAGAGGGAUCCACUCCUAAGUGGCGAAAUACGAGUUUCGCUAUUCCGUGGACAGUGCCACUCAAGCAUGCCGUUGUGAAGCCACUGGCAGUUUUUAAUAUCCGAAGUGGGAUCCUGUUUCAUAAGCGGUUUUAAACUUCUUGGUCCUUUUAAACACCUCUAACGUGUCUCAAUGGCUUAUCAAAAUAAAAAGUUGGUUCACUGGGCAUGAAUAAAUGUGGUGUCUUCUGACUAAGCCUACAGCAGGAUGUCUUACGUGGCAAAGAAGUGCGGCAUCAAAUUAAACCCUCCCUCUAUUGUUUUAAUCUAUGAAGAUCAGCUCAGGAAUAAUAUACGCAAGCGCAUCAUGCCUAUUCGGAAUUUCUCCAAGUUCUCAGAUUGCAGCAGGGCAGCAGAACAGCUAAAGAAUAAUCCUCGGCACAAGACUUAUUUAGAAGGUGUCUCAAUGGAACAGCUACAAAAAUUACACAAUUUGCUGAGAUGCCAGUUGGGGGGACAAAAUCUGACUCAGGGUCUGGAGCAAAUUCAGCGGGAAGAAACAAUUGACCCAGAAGAGGACCUGAACAAACUAGAUGACAAGGAGCUAGCCAAAAGGAAAGAAAUUAUGGAUGCAUUGUUUGAAAAGAACAGGAAAAAGAAGGAUGACCCUGAUUUUGUCUACAACGUAGAGGUGAAGUUCCCACAAGAAGAGCUUGAAGCCUGUGAGUGGGAUGAUGAAUCAGAUGAUGAGUUUUGAUCCAUAAUCAAGCCGCGGAUUGAUGAGUCUUCUCAUAUUGGGAAUAUAUAUCUCAUGCCCCUUCAUAUUUUAGCAACCAAACUUGAGUGAUCAGUCAGCUGCUACAUUUUAUACUGUGAAAUUAGGUCAAGACUUACAUUUUUUUAAAAAAUGUAAACACGUUAAUGAAAAAGUGUUCAGAGGUGCUUGAUGAAAAAGAUACAACCAGACUCAAAAGAGUUUUAUAUAGACUGUAUGCUAGUUCUUUGCCGUUGUAAAUAAAACAAUGGAUCUACUUCAGCACUUCACACUGCAGCAUUAACUUUGCAAAAAAAUUAACUCUGCAAGUAAUUGAUGUCUUAUUUAUUGUUUUGCAAUGUUGUUUAAUUACCAGUUUGUCCGUUGAACUUCCAAACUUGCAGUUACCUCUCUAAUUUUUUUUAAUUGCAUCAGAAUAUGAGCUGCAAUAUUUGAUAGUUGCAAUAUUACUGUUUCACACUAAAGUGAUACCGUUGUUUUUUUGUUUUUGUUUUUAAAGAAUUGCUUUUGGGGAAUCACAGUGAAACCAUUUAUGUUUACGUAUGCAGGGCUGUGUUGAAACUAAUGCUCUUAAGUUAUUGUUAACAUGGGGUUUUUGGGGUGUGAUAAAUAAUGAUUUAGAAGUCAAAUUAACAAGCAGUCCUAAAGCCAGCUGAGAGGCCAUUAGAAACAUUAAGCAGCAUUCUGCUAGCCAAGAGGGAGUCCUUACUACACUAGCAGAAAGCACUGCUAGCAUAUAAAAGUAAUAGGGGAGGAGGCAAGGGAAAAAACUGCUCUCCCCCUUUCUACCUUGAUUGGAGUGAAGGAAGUGAUUAUUCCUUUGCCACAGAAUCAGACACUAACUUAGGAUUGUUCUGUUUCAGUUAGUCUUUUAUGUGGUGCUAAUAAUGGAUGCUUUAUUGUGAUACUAAAAUGAUAUGCUUUCUGUUUCCAUUUUUAUGUAGUUAGACCUGAAGAAACAACUGUCCAAUAAAGUAAUUUUGAAAAGCUGA